AUGAAGCUGAUUGCUGUGCUUGUCACUGCUGUGACGUUGGCUAAUGCCACUCCUUUCCCUGCUGCGGAAUUGGAAGCUCGGGAUUGCACUGCCAACAACUGCUUACGAGCCAUUCGAGGAUCACCCGAGGAUGUUGCCAAUGCCUUCUGCUCUACUGUUCUGGGCAAGGUUCCCGCAACAGACGUCGUCACUGUCACGGCGACUGCCACUAUCACGGCUUACACGACGGUUGUGGAGACUGCUACCCAGCACGAGAUCACAGGCACUGUCACCAUCACUCCUCCUGUUGCUCUCCUCAACAAGCGAAAGACCACCGCCUAUUCAGAGUACACUAGCAAGUUUACCAGCAUGUGCUCUAGCGAGCAGGCAAAAAUCACCAGCGCGUGUGGUUGCUAUCUCUCUGGUGCACCGACCUCUACGGUGACCGUCUAUGAGACCGUCUCUGCUACGUAUACCGAGACGACCGUCACUUCCACAUCAACCUCAACCUUGACAAUUGAUGAUAUUGCCACUGCCACUUAUGUCUGUGUCCCAUUGCCUACGAAUCAUGUUCAGAACGGCGACUUCGAACAAGACAUUGGCAGCGACUCUCCCUGGACCGUCAGCGUCACCGAUGGUCCCUCAUACUCUUCGUGGAGUAUUUACCAGGAUACGUUGUCGCAUGGUGAUGCAAGUCGUGUUUUCCGCAGCUCUUUCAGCAACUCCAUGUACAGUAAUAGCGCGUACGCGGGCAUUCAACUGGAACAAACCAUCAGCACUUGCCCAGGCACGACAUACACGAUAUCUUGGGAUAUCAGAGCCACGGAUCAGACAUACGGCUAUGCCUUUGCCUAUGCCGGCGGAAACCUGAUCCAACAAAUCCAACCACUCCCGAACCCGAGGUAUGGAAACUACAAGGUCUCAUUUACAGCGACUGACUACACCACGGUAAUUGCCUUUAAGGCGCUGGAGGUCUAUUAUGGCUCGGGUAAGAUCUACUUUGAUAACAUUUCUGUGACACCCGUCAUCGCUACUACAGUAGAGGUCGUUUAG